UCAGCCAAUCAGAUUUUGCAAAGCGUCCUAAGCUGACGUCAGCCCGGUACCGAUGAAGAGGACAGAAGAGCGCUUUGUUUUUUUUUUCGUCGUUUUCGGCUGAACCUUUUAAUUCUUUCCGUACGACGCACAAACAUCAUGCCUUUCGAUGUUAGGAGACUUGAUAUCUACCGGAAAGUGCCAAAAGAUCUCACCCAGCCAACAUACACAGGAGCUUACAUUUCCAUUCUCUGCUGUGUCUUCAUACUCUUCUUGUUUCUGUCCGAGCUGACGGGAUUCAUUACCACUGAUAUUAUAAAUGAACUUUAUGUGGACGAUCCUGAUAAAGAUAGUGGUGGGAAGAUAGAUGUGAGUUUAAACAUCAGUUUGCCAAACUUACACUGUGAUUUGGUGGGUUUGGACAUCCAGGAUGAAAUGGGCCGCCAUGAAGUUGGUCACAUAGACAACUCUAUGAAAGUUCCUCUUAAUGAUGGCAGAGGCUGUUGCUUUGAGGGAGAGUUCACCAUCAACAAAGUCCCAGGAAACUUCCACGUGUCCACACACAGUGCUACAGCCCAGCCGCAAAACCCUGACAUGACGCACACCAUCCAUAGACUGACCUUUGGAGAAAAGCUCCAGGUACGAUUGGUCCAAGGCGCCUUCAAUGCUUUAAGAGGGGCUGACAGGCUGUCAUCAAAUCCUUUGGCUUCACACGAUUACAUACUGAAGAUUGUUCCGACUGUUUAUGAAGACCUCACAGGCAGAAGAAGGUUUUCCUACCAGUAUACAGUGGCCAAUAAGGAGUAUGUAGCUUACAGCCACACGGGUAGGAUCAUCCCCGCCAUCUGGUUUAGGUACGACCUCAGUCCAAUCACAGUCAAGUACACGGAAAAGAGGCAGCCAUUCUAUCACUUCAUCACCACAAUCUGUGCCAUCGUCGGAGGGACGUUCACUGUCGCAGGAAUUAUCGAUUCCUGUAUAUUCACCGCUUCAGAGGCUUGGAAGAAGAUCCAGAUAGGAAAAAUGUCCUGAGGGCUGUACAUCUUAUUUAAAAGUCUAAAGUUACUGGCCUGUUAGCUAAAUCUAAUCCUGCUUGAAACUACGUCCUCAUUGAGAAUGCGGCUCCAGCGCUGGAUCUAACUACCAGGCUACACGGCUACAUCUCAGUUCCCCCCAAACUCCUCUUAGUUACCAUGGUAAUGAAGCAUAAUACUGCAGGAGAAUAUUUCUAUUCCCAAUUUUAAAUUCAGCUGGAGCACAAAGUAAUACAAAAGCAAUCGAAUGUACAUGUAGAAUCUAAGUGGGAAAAUUUAGGAAAGUUCAGUCAAACUUGACGGAGGAAUGUUUCAGGAGUGGAUGUUUUGACUGGCUGGGAAACGGAAUGAUCAACUGAGGAAAGGUGUUGUUUUUUUCUUUUUAAAUUUCUGAACCUAUGCUAUGCCUCUGACUGGACUGAUCCUGAAGUACUGUAAUCUUAUUUUGUGCUGUGACAUGAGCUGCGGGUUACAAAACGCUGGUCCAUCUGUUCCGUGUCCUGUUCCGCACCAUUGGUUCUGUUCUUGAUGUAGCUGCACUCAACGUUUUCAGUUUCAUUUCAGAUGUUAACAAAAUGUCAGUGUGGACUUAGUUUUUUUUUUUUUUUUUUAUAAUGAUUAAAUUGCUUUCAGUACAGUUUCAAGGACCCUGUUUCAAAAUGUUAGAGGAAAAGUUUUUUUUUUCUUUUAAGAUUGUGCCAAUAUUAUUUUUAGUAAAGAAACUGGUUUCGUUUAUCGAGGGAUUUUUUUUUUUUUUUACUGUUGUAAAUAUUGGCUGUAUUAGAUUAUGUGUAGGAUGGAUGUUUUUCUGAUCUUUUUUAUGGUCUUUUGUAACCAGGAAAUGUUAAAUUGCUCUUUAUUUUUCAUAAAACAUUCAUUACCUGCUCUCUUUCAAAUGAAUCUGUACUGUUGUGUGUUCCCUGAGUAAAGGUACCACAGAGGUUA